AUGCCCACAUCCAAGGAGGGGAAUCGAGGGGAAUCAGAGAAAUUCUGGCUCUACGCCUUUCGCGAUCACUUGGCAAACCUGCGGGCCUUUUCAAAUUGCAUCGAAACCGCCGACGUGAACGGGGUUGGGGACUACCAGCUUCUCGUGGCCGAUGGCGGCAAGCGCAUCAAGGUGUACGCCGGCACCUCUCUCCAGCGUGAGUUGCCGUUCUUCGGGGUGCCGUCCGCGAUCACGUCUUUUUUCAUGGAUGACGGCGACGCCUUUAGCAAGCCGGUCAUCGCGGUCGCCACGGGGCCAUACAUUUUCAUGUACCGCAGCAACAAGCCGCUCUACCGCUUCAUGGUGCCGCCGACUCCUCUAGACCCACAGGAGCUGGCCAUCUGGCAGGACCUCGCCACGGAGGUGCUCAUCACUGAGGAGGCGGUGAAGAAACUAGAAAGCCUGCUAGACUCCGGCGUGCAGACCUCCUCGCGCACGCUGGAACUGCUGCUGAAGGAGACGCCGGAGGAGCGCAACGAGUUUGUCUCCCGCCUGCGCUCUGUUCCGCUCAUACAAAUGGACGUUGUCUGCUGCUUGGCAUCCAUCCCGCUAAACUCGCUGGACGAGGGAGGAAGAAGCGCGCUGGUGAUUGGCACCGAGGCUGGUUUCCUCUACGUCCUCAAGAACAACGCGGCCGAGGUGGCGCUGAAGGUGGUGCUGCCGAGCACGCCUGUGUUUCUGAUUGCGGCCGGCUGCUUUGAGGUGGACUAUCGAGUGGUGGUCGCGUGCCGCGACGGCCGCGUGUACUCGAUCAAGCAAGGUAACCUGCACAGCGCUGUGAUUCAGCCAGACGCGCAGCCGUGUGCCAUUGCCCGGUACAACAACUUCAUUGCUGUGGCCACGACGGCAAACACGCUCUCCUACUACAACCUCAAGGGAAAGAAACAGCAGAGCGUCUUUUUGCCAUGCUCUAUCAGUGGCCUUUCCACCAUCAACAACGCCGUCACUGGCGAGGCACGCGGGCUUAUCGUGGCGCUCAGCAACGGCGAGAUUCGCGUCUACGUUGGCACUCAGCUGCACCACGUCAGCUUGGCCUACGGCACCGUGACGGCGAUAAAGUUUGGUCGCUACGGCCGCUCAGAUGGCGCGCUUGUACUCGUGCUGCAGAACGGCUCCCUCGUGGUCGAGCUGCUUCACCGCGGUGUGAACUUGUCUUGUAGCAAAAAGGUAGAAACGGGCCCACCACCGCAGCAGGACGUCCCCAUCCCCAUCCCGCACCUCAGCUCCGUGUUCGCGACGCAGUCAUCGCGCGAGCGCAAGCACGGGGUGGAGAUGUACCAGCUCUUUCAGUACGACUUGUCGCAACUGCGGCUCACGACGGCGAAGGCGUACCUGGAGAUGAUUGCCAACGGCUCUGUGCCCUCCGAGUUGGGCAACAUGACCCAAGAAAAUGAAGAAGUGACGGAGUCCUCGCUGCGGCUGAACGCUGUCGUGCAGGGACUUGGGCCGGUGUUCAAGGUGAAGGUGCAGCUGCAGAACGUCGGUGAGGCGCCACUGCACGCCGUGCGCGUCGUGUUCUGUCUCUCUGAAGACGACGUCUAUUGUAUGCCGCAGCAGAUCUUUUUCAUUCCCACGUUGCUGCCAUCUCUGCCGCUCUCCUGCGCCGCAUUCGUGACAACCUCGGAAGGGGAGGCCAAGGGCAACCCCAUUCUGGUCAUUGCAACCGGUCCAAAGAGCCGUACACCGUUGGCAAGCACACUUGUUGAUCUGCCGGAGGUGGAAGCAAUGGCAGAAGUGUAG